ACUUAGUAGGUGUGAUUCCGUGUCCUAUCCGUUUUGCGAAUGAUUAAAGCUCUUAAAUGCUCUCAAUGUAUAUGGCUUUCCUGGAUAUUACACGAGGUACUAAGUGAAUUUGAGGAUUCAACUGAAGAUCUGAUGGAAACAGGGUAUCAUUUUUUGCCAGCACUGUAUGGCCAGCCACCAUGGACAUCAAUAAAAAUGGCUCGCUAUAAAAUAUAUUCCAAGAAGAAGGGCAAGCCUAUGCGCUUCAUGGCAUUACCUCCAACCGAAAUGAAUUUAAUUCUCCACGUGCUACAAGCACAUUUGCAAGUGAUGCUGUGGAAAGAUGUGGAAAGUUAUAACUUGAUAGAUGUCAUGUAG